UUGAUUUAAUUGUAGCAUUUUAAUGAGGUAUAAAUGUACAAAUAUAUUUUUCGUUGCAGAGAAUAUAGCAUAUUAAGGAAGAAUAUAUCGUCUUUAUAUGGAAAUAAAACAAUUCAACAGGAAAGAAAAGAUAGCCGGUUUGAUUUAAGCUGGUAAAAAUAAAAGAUGGGACUGGAGCAAAGAUGCAUAAUAUGUCUGUAUUUUUCCUGUCUCCUAAAUUUUGGGUUGACACAACUAAAACACCAGUCAAGCUCUAUGCAUUACAUGGGGAAUUUUCCUUAUCGCAAUAUCCUUUCAUUCGUCAAAGGAAAUCAAAGUUGUGAUGUUUCUUCUAGAAAUAUGUUGUCCAUUCUCAAAAAGGAAGUUCACGAUCAAGACGAAUCAGUAUCAGAUUACACCUGCCUAUUGUUCCUGGAUGACGAUCUGUCAGAAGAAAAUUCUGUAUUGAGAAUCAGAGAUGUAUAUGCAGAAAUCCACGAAUACGACGUGGAAUACAAGUUCAGAUUAAAUCCGUUUAAGUGUAAACUUGAAAAAGAUCUACCAAAUGUAAAUCUCUCUCUCACAUGUUUCCAACGAAAAGAUUAUGUUGCAAAAGCAUGUCAGAAUGGGAAAGGGUGUGAUGAUGAUCUGGAACUUUGUCAGAAUUACAGAGAUUUUCAAAAGUCAAUCUGUAUUCCUAAGCGGAAAUAUAAUGAAUCAUGUGGCAUGCAUUCUCAAUGCUAUAAGAAUACCAUUUGUAUCCAAACUGAGCAAAGAAAGUCGCUGUGUCUUUGCAAAGAAGGAUUCGAGUUUAUGAAUGGAGAUUGUCUGAAAGUUGGAAUAGCGCUCGCCAAGGAAUGUGUUGACAGUAGACAAUGCAUAGGAGGAGAGAUCACUACAGAAUGUGUCUAUGAUGCUUAUACGAGAAGACGUGCUUGUUCCUGCAGUGCAGCAUUCAUUGAAAUCAAUGGAAAAUGUCUGCAAAGAGAUCGACGACUUUAUGAACCGUGUGAGUCUUCACUUCAAUGCAGAGGAACUCAUGGUGCCAAGGAAUGCAGAAAUGUUGCAGGAGUAAAAUUCUGCUAUUGUCCUGAUGGAUAUGACAUCAUCAACGGAAGGGGAUGUAUGAAAGUAGGUAAAUCCAUCGGAGAGGCUUGUUAUGUAAAAGAACAUUGUACAGGAACACAGAAUGCACAUCAAUGUCAGCUUUAUAAUGAAACAGGAAUUAGGAUCUGUCAGUGUAACCCUGGCUUCUUACAACAUGUUGAUCAAUGUCUGCAAGCCAACAGGAUGUUGUAUGAAGAUUGUAUACUAGAUGAUCAGUGCAAUGGAACAUCUGGUGCGGGUGUGUGCAAAACUGUCCGAGGCAAAGGGUUAUGUGUGUGUGCUUCAAACUACAUAGAAGACAAGGAUACAUUGAGGUGUCGAAGAGCCAAGAAAAAUAUUUUUGAUACAUGUAAAAUUGAUGAGCAGUGUACUGGUACAGAAAACGCUGGAGUCUGUCUUUAUGAUAAACGCAAUGAGACGGGUGUUUGUGCUUGCAAUGACGGAUAUAUUUGGCAUAAAGAAAGGUGUAUAAAAUCGGACAUUUUUUUAUUUGGAUCUUGUGAGUACGAUAUACAAUGUAAUGGAACAGAAGGUGCAGACGUCUGUAAAACUUUCGGGGAACGACAAAUAUGUUAUUGCAAACCUGGACACCUUGAAUUUCAAGGACGAUGCAUUGAAGGGGAAAAACAUUUAGGUGAACCAUGCGAGACAAACAAACAAUGUUUGAGUGUAGAAGACAAUGUAAUUUGUGGUCAAAAUUUGUCAUGCUCAUGUAAUGAUGGAUAUUUCAAAGUUGGACAAGAGUGUGUAAAAGACUGGUUGUUCAUACAGCUGAUAAUGUACCAGAGGACCAUAACUACUACACCUAUGCUAUUCCUGGCAAUAUCAGAGAUACAAAGGAAUGUCAAAUCCCUCUAAGUCACAGUGAUUGCAGUUAUAAAGGAGAUACACUUUACGACACAACUCACCACGCAGAGGAGCAAACAACAGAAAACUUGUAUGACGUCAGUGAACCGCUGUCCACUUUUAGAGAACCAUCCUCCUCUGAGGGCGUGUAUAUGUACAACCACCUACAUGAUAAAGAAACACAGCUGUGUGAAAAUCUAUAUGACGUCACAGAGUUUCCUGUUUCUCAUAAGACAGACGCAUAAAAGGAUUCAUGUAUAUCGCAAGGUUUAUGUCAAGGAGAAAUACUAAGUGAUCAGCAACUUUACAUGUUUUUCAGGCUCAUAUUCCAAUAAAUGUGAAAUUUAGACUUUUGAUAUACAACAUGUUUAGGGCUUGAAUAUUUUUUUUAUGAAAUGAGGACAAGUACUUUAAUAUUCAUUAUGUCUUUUAUUUAAAAU